UGUUGCUCUGGGCCUCCUCCAUAUGCCACACUCACACUGUGCUGGGACUUUCCUGUCACUCCUGUGUUGGAUAUCCUGGUCUCCGCACCUGCUUCCACAGCUUCCCAAGGAAUUCCACAUCUCCACAGCAAUCUGGGUCUUUCCCAGCAGUGCUACCCUCCCUGGCUCCCCUUCAGAUGCUCUGUACUUUCUCAGAGGGUUUGCUGAGGCCUUAUGUCCUUGGUAUUUCCAGCCCCUCCAGCAUCUUCCAGUUUAAUUAUUGUGCAUUGUUCAGGGAGGCUUGGGAUGCAAAUAAUGUGUACUGGUUAAGAAUGAGGAAUCAAGAAAACUAGCUUCUCUCCUGCUUUUGCCACAGGCCUGUCAGGAAACUCUCAGAAAAUCUGGCCAAAACUCCUUUAUUCUGUGUAAUUUUGGUAAGCCCUACAAGUACUCUCUGCAGGACAGGAGAGUAUUUACAAGCCCAAGUGCAAGUGCUGCUCUUGACAGCUUUGAAAAUCCUGAGCGGGAAACUAAUGUGGGCUCAUGAUGAAGUAUCAAAAGCAAGGCAGCUGAAAUUUCACCCAGCCAAACUCAACAGUCAUUUUUACUGUAUCAUAGUUUGCCCCUCCAUAAUAUGGGGAUAAAUUUGAUCUUUCUUGGAGGGCCUUGGGGAGGAAAUAUUUUUUACCAUCAACACAUUUGCACUUCAGAGGUGCCUACACAUUGCCAAUCCAAAAAUCAGAAGCUUUUUGACCUCUUCGCAUCACAGAGAAAAGGGUGUGGUUUUUAUUCACACCAAGUCAGGAGCAUGGCUGAGUCCCUUACAAUACCAAGCGGUUUUUCCAUGCUUUCUACUUCCUUUACAGCUUUCUGUAUGAGGUGCUUUGCUUAGCUGUGAUUGAUCACUGCAAGUCAGAGGGCACCAUUUCUUCUGCAGCUGGGUUUUUCGUAUGAAUUUAAAAUGUGCUUUCCAUUGAUUGUGACAGCACAACACUAAUGAAUCCUGAGCACGUGUUAAUAAAUCAGCAAGUGCUGCAAAUGAAGCCCUUAGCUAUUUAGCUUAGAAGCUCAUUGGGCCAGUGACACACACUGCAUGUUUCUACAGUGCUGCUGAGCUUUGCUACCACCUCUGUGUGCUUUUGCAGUCCAAAUAGAUGACAAAUGAAGAGCUGUCACUGCGACAAUGUGACCUCUCGUGAUCGAUAAUUUGCAUGACUAACUUAGUUCUCUUGGGGGACCAAGAAUGGGCAUCAUCUCCAUGCCAUCUGAACCCACUUGGGGUGUAUUAAUCAGGCCACACAGCUGACAUCUCUUCCUGCUGCCUGUGACUCUUGCCCCCCAAGGGCUGAUAAAGGAACAGGCAUAGAAUAACAUGCUUUAGUCACUGGGUGCUGGGGUACCACUGUCCCCCUCCAUUAUGGGGUGAUACUAAUAAAACAUGAAUCCUAAAAGCAACAAGGAAAGGGGAAGGGAAGAAGAUAAUCUCCUUAAAGCGUCCUCCAUGCCCUCCCUUACCCUGCUGUUUUUCUGAUAAAGGCUAAAGCAAUUCAGCAUCAGGAAGGGGAAAGGGACUUUGCUAUCAAGGAGAGUGUGGGGGAGGGAUGAACGUCUGUGUAUACUUUCUGAUAAUUUAUUGCUGGCAUCUGUUGCAGCCUCUGGUACCCACCCUUCUGAAAUAUAGGUCACCCACAUGCCCUGCCAAUGCUCAUAAGCCAGGCUGUUAAGGGAGUCUGAUCCCUGAGCCAUGAUCCAAGGGUUAGUGCAAAGGACUAGGAGAGAUAAUCAGAGACAGAAGUUGCUGGGCUCUGUUUCUCACAGUGUCUCAUCCUAGUGACACAGUCACCUGUCUCUCUAGCCUCAGUGUUGCUGUCUGGAAAAUGGAAUACUUUAUCCACCUGCCAAGAGCAGAGGCACUACUGGCUAUUAUCUCAGCCUUACUUCUGGGGGUCAUGAAAUACAAAGUAACACCACCCACAACUAUGGUAAGAGCCAUUCAUAGAGCAAAUGGAAAGCUUCGCAUAGAAGGUGCCACAGAAUUGGGAAGUGUUACUAAAACAGUAUGUGGAUGCAGUUAACUGAAACCCUCCCCACUCUCAUAGCAUGAUCCUUGGGACCCUACCCACAAAAGCUAAGGCUUUGGAGUGAUACUGCAAACAUUACUGGUGACUGGGUAGAGAGAAGCAAAGCACGAGACAGGGGUAGUGUCUGCUGCAGCUUUUAUGCCCUGGCAAGUGCUGCAAAAUCAUUACAAUCUCCUCUGCGUCCCCCCCCACUCCCUGGCCCCAGCAGUAAAGUUCCCUGUUCAAUCUAAUUAGGGGAAUCCUCAUUAGAGAGUCCUCUAGAGUCUGACAGCAGGCCAAAUGUCCAAGUGGCACUUCAACUCAGUGUAUUUUUGGCCACUGGAGCCCAUGGGCCAGAAAUGGAUGAUUUCAUUUUGUUGCUUUGAGCUGAAACUAAAAAAGUUGUCUUUUACUGUCCUAUAUGAACAAGAAGAAAAGGGCAUCACCAGUGCCACAGGCUACUCUGUUAAUUUCUCCAGAGUCUGGAAAAGACAUGCAACUCCAAGUACAUGGAAGAAAGCUCUGGACACUGUGUCCCACAGGAUCACAGGGUAUUCAGCUGACAUGUUGCUCUAGGGAGAAGGAACCAUCUAGUAAGCCCAGGAGAAAGACUAAUGCCUGGUUUUUGGAGCCCUUGAGUGACUUGGGUGACUUCAGAGCAUUCAGAGCUCCAGCAAUGCUGAUCAGCCUUGAGCCCCCAAACCCAAGCAAUGCCAGGCAGGUUCGGAACGGCACGGUGCCUCUCAUCUUGAGUUGGGGGCACACAGGGGGCACUCCUAGGUCUGGCAGAGUGUUCACUGCUGGAAAAAAAUCCCUGGCUGUCAGGCUGAAAGCAGCCAGACAGAUCAGGUGCUGCUGUGGAGAGGACUGAGGUGUGGGCAAGUGCUGGUUGUCCCAGGACUGGGUGUUCCCAGUGCUGCACUGGCAGUGAGUGCAGCUGGCCUGGUGCUCUGCAGAGCAGAAGGCAUCUCUUGGGCCACAAUAAAACACCUAAUAAAGUCAGAACUCAAGAUAAGUCAGAGAAAGCAUUUAAAAAAGAAACCCUCAAAAAUCCUCUCUGCUUCCUUGCUCUCUCCUGACUGUGGAAUAUUAAUCACUAAGGGUAUAAUGUGCUUAUGGGCAGUCAAUGCGUGGGAGAAACUGUUUUUUUUCCGGAUCCUUGGAAUUAAAAUUUCUCCAUAAACCUUCUACUUCAAGGUACAAAUGCAGAAGCUCAUUGUGCUUUGCCCUUCAGCAGCCAAGAACCUCUACCUAUUCCAAAUCUACUGUUCUGCCACCUGAGCAUAUGGUAUGCUUGGAGAAGCAGGCAGUUUUGUGGAAGACAUGGAGGUUGAUAAAUAUGGGUUACAGAAGAGUCCCCAGCACAUGUGCAAGCCCAAGUCUGUGCACAUAUUUGUAAAUGUAAGAUAGAUUGGGGACUAGAAUAUGUGCAUUUGUACAUGAAGGCAGUCACUUUGAAGUCUUGGAAACACGUGUAUGAGUGCACACAGGGUGGCUGCUAUCUGUGGGGUGGGAGUGUUGCGUGUAUGUGACAUGCUUUUAAAAUAAUCUUGGGUUUAUCAAGGCCCCUCCAUCUUUGUGCAUGUUGCAGUGCAGGAGACAGCAUUAAAGCCUGAACAGGUGUUAAUCACUAUGCACUGUAAUAAAUUCUAAACAUAGGGAAAGGGCUUAUUUAUACACGGCUGCUCCUCCCACCCUGCACUCUCUGCUUGAGCCUUGGUGCUGCCUGAGAGAAAGAGGCGCCCGUGAGGUACCAGAAACCAGUGCAAGAGCUGGACUUGCCCUGCCAGAGUAGAAGGAUCUAGGGGUAGAAACCUUGACCCUGUCACCAUCCCCAUGCCUGGGUGUGCCAGUCCUGCCCUCAGCCCCCCACUGUCACCUGGGGAUGGUGUGGGUGAACUGCACAGAGCAGCGAGCGGGGCGGGAGAGACACCAGCCCAUGGCCUGAGAGGGGGCCUGGGCUGAGGGGAGAUCACAGAGGGAAACCGAGUCACAAAGCACCCAAGGAAGCUGGUUUGGGGCUUUUUUGGUUUGUUUUGGUUUUUUUUUCCAAAAAGCUUAGCCCCCCAAUUGGAAGUGAGCCAGCUGAUACAGACGGGGUGUUACAAAACAGAGCCAAAAAGCAAGAGCACAAGGAACAGAGCUAUCUAUAACCCUGACAAAAGUUAGAUGGAGUGAAGGUGGGGAAGAGGGAAAGACAGAGCGUGGCAGGCGGCUGCCCCUGAUGCUGAGAGCAAGGACGUGAUCAUUUGGCAACAGGAUUUGGAGCUGAUCGACUCGCGCUAUCCAGCAGGCAGAUAAGGCUCUGUGGCUGUCAGCUUAACUCUGCCGUUUAUUCCAGUGCUGUAGGGAGUUAAAUAGAGCACACGGAAAGCCUGCUGCUGGGGAAUGAAAGUCAAGGAGGGAAAGGGAAGGAAGAGGCUGUAAUUGGGCAGUGUCUGGGGAAUCAGGUGGAAGUGGCUGCAGGCAGAACCUCUCCAGGACCUGGCAGGCAGGCUACAAGGUCAUUCCUUCUCCUUUUGGGGCUGUGUGGCAGGCUGGCUGUUGGAUGUGAAGACACGCUGGAGAAGACAAGGAUGCUGCCUACAAGUGCUGGCCACCGGUGGAGGAGCAGGUUCCUCAUGAGGUGGCAAGAGGCUUGUCUGCUUGGCUGUUGGCUCUCGCUGUGUGCUGCUGAGUCCUUCUUUGCUUGUCCUUCUUCCUGCAAGUGUAACAGUGGCAACCUGGAAGUGGACUGUAGUGGCUUGGGCCUCUCUUCCAUUCCCUCAGACAUCCCCACAAACACCAGGACCUUCCUCUUUCUCAACAACAAACUCAGCAUCCUGCCAGGAGCGGUGUUUUCCAACCUCUCCGCUCUACAGAGGCUGGAUCUAUCCAACAACUUCUUGGACCAGCUCCCUCAGAACAUCUUCAGUGACCUGGGGAACCUUACGGAGCUCCAGCUGAGGAACAACAGCAUUCGGGCCUUGGACAAGGACCUGUUACAACACACGGCCCUGCUGCGUCAGCUGGACCUCUCCAUCAACGGCCUGGCCCAGAUCCCCUCGGGAAUCUUUGACGACCUGCCUGCUCUCCGCUCCCUCUCCCUCAGGUCCAACCGCCUGCAGAGCCUGGACAGGGUGACCUUCGAACCGCUAACCAGCCUGCAGCUACUCCAAGUAGGGGAUAACCCCUGGGAAUGUGACUGCAACCUCCGAGACUUCAAGCACUGGAUGGAGUGGUUCUCCUACCGAGGUGGCAAAAUUGACCAGCUGGCAUGUACCCUGCCCAAGGAGCUGAAAGGGAAGGAUAUGCGAAUGGUACCCAUGGAGAUGUUUAACUACUGCUCCCAGCUGGAUGAUGAGAACAGCUCUACCGUGCUGGACAAUACUGGCCCACCCUGCACUAAAGGCAGCCCAACUCCUUCCAAAUCUAAAUCAGGCCCAGAAACAGAAGUGGAACCCAGUGUGGGAUGCCCUCAGAAACAGCGAUAUAGGCCCGUGAGCGUGCGCCGGGCCAUUGGCACUGUGAUCAUUGCAGGGGUGGUUUGCGGCAUCGUUUGCAUCAUGAUGGUGGUGGCAGCUGCUUACGGCUGCAUCUAUGCCUCCCUCAUGGCCAAGUACCACCGGGAGCUGAAGAAGAGGCAGCCGCUCAUGGGUGACACAGAAGGUGAACAUGAAGAACAAAAACAAAUCUCCUCUGUGGCGUGAAACUCUUCUAGGAAGGAAGGGACAGCGAUGAAAAAAGGUAUCUGAGAGCAGUCAAGCAUGGGGUCCUCCCAAAAUACAUCUUCCCAGACAGAGAGACAGACUGUGCUAUUGCUCCACUCACCCAAGUAGUGCAACACGCUUCUGGGGGGUCAGGGCACCUGGCUCAAUUUCUUUCCCUCUGCCCCAGGCCCAUUUUGUGCCCUUUCACCCUUGGGGCCUCCCAGACAAAAUAAAGUAGAGUCAGACCUUGAGUGCUUGCUGUGCCUCAUGCCCUUGCACAGAGCUUCCCUCACAUGCCUGCUGCAAAGGCAGCUGGCACAUUCUGGGAACCUGUGUUGUUCUCUCAGCUUCAGUCCUGAGUCAUCCUGUAUCGUGUCAAGAGUUCUCUGCAAACCGAGAGCAGCUCUGUGAAAGCUUGUGUGGGAAGCAGGACACCAGAAGUGUCCAUGCCUCACUGUUAAGGUCACUACCUGCAAGUCAGUGCUCCUUACAUCAGAAGGGAGGGAAGGUCCCCAGGGUAGGACAACAGUCAGUCGGAGAGUUCCCUUCUCAUUUUUAAAGGUGGAAAGAUAACCUGUGUCACUUUAACACACUGCCAGGAGCACAGUGUCCCUCUUUUUGCUCCUGACCAAGUCCAAAUCUGUGAGCUGACACACAUGUCAUCUCCUACAGGUGCACAGACAAGGAGUCACCCUCCUGUACACACACACACUGACUCAUUCUGAUCCCAACACGCACACACAGCCAGCCACAGUUCCAGAUAUCCUGUCACCCCACCUGCACAUGCAGAGCCACACAUGCCCAUGCUGAUCUGCCCUCUGUGUGUUGAAUACAUUCAGCCACUUCACCUUACCCUGAUCACAGCAGUGCAUAUCGCCUUCUGCUUCAGACAAAAUACAUGUACACUGCCACUGAGGAGCUAACAGAGACAUCUCAGCCCUAGUGCAGAGCCAGUGGAAACUGGCAGGAGACGGCAGAGAGAGGCAAAGUUAUUGAGAUUACAGCAUGAGUCUGUGAAAAAAAUAAGGUGUAUUCUUCUUAUCUGUUUUAUGUUUUCUCUGAUAAAUGGAGAAGGUAAGGAUACGAAGCCUCCAUUUAGAAAUGUUUGGCUGGCAGAGUAGAACUGGGUCAUCAGGAAAGACUAGAGGAGGAGGUGGCUUACCAGCCUCAGUAGCGUAAGCCACGCUGAGUAGUGUGAGCCUGGGGAAAGGUGUCAGGGGAAGAAGUCACACAACUGGCAUGGCUGGCAGAGGGGCCAGCACAGCGUGUGGAGCAGGGUGAUGCAGCUGAGCUGACUGAAAAGCGUGGGCGCAAUUCUGAGGGGUCUUGAGCUGAAGGCUGAAACCUGGAUCACAGUGUGGCAGGUGUGGGAGAGCCCAGGAAGGGUCUGGCAUGGAAGGCAGCACAGCCCACACACACUCCCUUCACCAUCACUGGUGUGUUUGACGCCAUCCACAGCUGCACACGAGCGUGCCCACACGCGCAACUGCGCACACUGCCACUGUCAUGUAGGGUGACUUCCCCCAGUCAGACUUUAAAGCCCUCAGACUGCAGUGCCUCCUAUUAGUCUUUGCUCAUUCUGACCUGACAGGUAAAAAAAAAAGAAAAA